CAGUGAUAGCUCAUUUGAACGCCAGGACCAGGUAAGUUGACUUUCGGUUAUGGAUGAUGACAUCAACCUUAGUGGCGAGCAUUAAUGUUAAUUUUUUCCGGUGAAUGCUUAAGUUAUAUAGACUCAAACUUGGUCUGCGACAUCUACGCGCUCUCCAGUAUACUGCUGUUGCCAUGGAUAGCCGAUUUGAGCAUUUGGUGUAAAAGAUACAGCAAGAUGUAUACCAUUUGUUUUUAUGACAUAAAUACGUACAUUUCCAUUAAAGGCAAAUUUACAAGGCAACUAAGCUAUAGUGAACUGCUUCAUGUCGACUGCCAAGUGAUACUCUACUUUAUGCUCGCAUACAACAAAUGAAUUCAAAAUACCGGCUAAAGAUGCUCGUUUAUGAAAAAAUGAAAGCACCCAUCCUCAGAACCAUAUCUACUAUGAAGAGUGUUAACGCCUAGCAAAUUAGAGAAACAUACCUCAUAUUGUCAAUGGUUUCGACGAAUUAUCGUUCAGAAAUACAAAUUUGCAGACAGUAAUGUAAAGACGCUUUCAAACUUAGCUCAUUGUGUCUAGAAUGCAAAAUGUAAACACC